AAGAAACGCUCGUGAUUGGUUCGCACCCUGAGAAUCGAGACUCCGAUCUCGGGCCUUGAGAAUCGAUUCGUCGAUUUAAUCGGAACUAAAGAAUCGAUCUAAAAAAUCGAGAAUUGAUAGAAAAAGAAUCGAUUUUCCAAAAGAUCGAUUCUAGAUCGAACAUCCCUAUUUCUUGCUGUUUCUUACACGUGUGAAAAAUGGGUAAACCUCAUGGACAAAGAAGAGACAAAGGGAAGAAGUUAUCUUGGAUAUAUCGGCAGAAGGCUAAAUUGAGGAGAGUAAAAAAUGCUGAGAUAAAAGUAUCUGAUACUGCAGAUGCAAAUGGUCAAAAUUCUCGAAUAAUUGUGAGGAAUUUACCUUUCAAGGCAACAGAAGAGAACGUGAGAAGAUUUUAUGAGCCAUUUGGUGAAAUCAAGGAAAUAAAUCUUUUGAAGCGUCCAGAUGGGAAUCUAGUAGGAUGUGGUUUUAUACAUUUUAAGCACGUCGAGGACGCUUCAAAAGCGAUAUUUAAUACCAAUAAAAAGGAGUUUCUUGGAAGAACUAUAAGCAGUGAUUGGGCUAUAUCAAAAUCUAAAUUCUAUGAAAAACUUAAGGAAGGUCUCGCGGAAAAUCUCGAAACUGAUAAAGAUGAAGGGCAAACUUCUCAGGAUGCUCAGGAAGAAGAUAAUGACGAGAAUUCUCGAAAAAAGAUUAGGAAAGAGAAGGAUAAUUUGAAAAGGCAAAGAAAGAGAAAAUUUGAUAAGAUGAAGAAACAGAAGAAACGAGCCAGGAUAAUAAUAAGAAAUUUAGAUUUCCAGGUCACAGAAGAUAAUUUAAGGGAACAUUUUUCUCAAUAUGGUGAACUAGAGGAAGUUAAGAUUUUAACUAGACCUGAUGGCAAACAGACUGGAGUUGGGUUUUUGCAAUAUAAUAUCGUACAAAAUGCAGCAAAGGCUAUACAUUAUGCAAAUCUUCAACCUCUCUUGAACAGACCUAUGAUAGUCGACUGGGCUGUUCCUAAAACUAAAUUUUUGCAAAACAGCACAGAUGCGGAGCCCGAAAUUAAAACUGAACCUAUUGAUGAAGAUGAAAUGCAUGAAUCUCCAAGAAAAGAUAUAAUGAACGAUAUAAAAGAAGAGGAAGAAUCUGAUGAAGAGAAAAUAAAAAUGCACAAAGCAGAGGACACUGACAACGAAGAUGAAAGUGAUGAAAGUAAUGACGAUAGUGAUGCCAGUGUUGUAAUUGACAAAUCGAUUGUUAGGGAGCAAGAAAACAGUGAAGAAGAAGAGAAUAAUUCAAACGCGAAACAUUCAAAGCGAGUGUCUAACGAUGUUAGCGAAGGAAGAACAAUUUUUCUAAAGAAUGUACCGUUCUCUGUGAGAAAUGAUGAACUCAAAAAGUACAUGGAUCAAUUUGGGCCUGUCUAUUAUGCUCUUGUGUGCAUUGAUCCUUUAACCGAAUAUUCUAGAGGCACUGCUUUUGUUAAAUUUCAGCGUACUGAAGAUGCCGAAAAGUGUUUGUCUGCUGAAUUACGUCUGCGUGAUCAAAUAAUCGAAGCUCACAAAGCAUUGCAUAGAAAAGAAGUUGAAGAUAAAAAGAAUUUGAAGGAAAAAAAGAUUAAAGAUUCUAGGAAUUUGUAUCUUAUUAAGGAAGGAGUUGUGCUGGCCAAAAGCUCUGCCGCGGCAGAAGUAUCAGUAUCCGAUAUGGAAAAACGUCUAAAAUUAGAACAAUGGAAAUCACAAAUGUUGCGUAACUUAAAUAUGUUUGUAUCGAGAGUGCGGCUGGUUAUUCAUAACUUACCUCCCAAUUUUGAUGAUACAAAACUCAGACAGCUGUUUAAAAAUCAUAGCGGUCCUAAGGCUAUAAUUAAAGAGGCUCGAGUUAUGCGUGAUUUGAAAAAUGUCGAUGCAACUGGGAAAGGAAAAUCGAAAGAGUACGGUUUUGUUGCAUUCACCACUCAUGAAGAUGCACUUAAAGCUUUGAGGAGUAUAAAUAACAAUCCAAAUAUAUUCUCCAAAAGCAAAAGACCCAUAGUUGGAUUCUCGAUAGAGAAUCGUGUCUUAGUGAACGCAAAGGAAAGAAGAGUUCAGAAAAGUCGUGAGCGCAAUCCCUUGUGGUCUGAGAACAAAAAUAAGAGAAAACAUGAAGACAUCAAGGAUGAAAUUUCAGCUAAACGAGUUAAAGUCAGAAAAUUGAAUGAUCCAGAUGAAAAACCGUACACAGGCAUGAUCAGCAAACUAGGCCAUGAUAAAUUAAGAUCAAAUUUCAAUCUCAAAUCACAAGUUGAAUUACAUACGCGGACUGUAAAAAAGCAGAACAAAUUCAAUAAAGCAACGAAGCAAUUGGAGAAUGUGAAAAAAGAAAAGAUAAAAAAAAAACAGGACAAUAUGCCAAUGAAAAAAACAAAGAAGUUGGAUGCAGACGACAUAAACUUCAACAAACUUCUAAAUAAUUAUAGAAAUAAAUUGAAAGGAAUUGAUUUUAAAAAGUCGAAGUGGUACGAAUCCUCAAAUGGCUCUUAAUAUACAUUAAAAAAUAUUGUGAACAAUAUAUUGUAAAUAAAUAUUCAGUUAUGUAGGGUA